UCUCCUCCGAGUUAGGGCAGCGCGGAGCCGCGCUGCCCGAGGCUCCGGCACCGCACAGCGGUCGCAUUGCGGCCUCCGCCUUCCGCGCCUCCCUGAGGGCUGCCGGGGAGGCGGCGCAGCCCUCGCUCCGGAGACAAAGCCCUAAGGUGAUCCAGUGAGCACAUGAGUAGUGCAAGGCAACUCUUGGCUGCCUCUGUAAUUUCUGUCCAGAACUCUUGCUUCAUCUACCCUGCUUGUCAGAGCUGCUUGUCGAGGCUGAUCCUGGACUCCAGGAGGUUUAACUGUCUUAAAUGUGGCUGCACAGGUGAAGCUGAAGAAGCAGGCUACAGAUACAGAUUGUCCCUAAAGAUUGCUGACACAAAUGAUUUGUUUGACAUUACUGUGUUUGGAAGUUGCUUAGAUCCAUUCUUUGGCGUCACUGCAGGAAAUCUGCAGAGGUGUAUUCAAGACUUUAAUCAGCUGUCAGGAGAAACAAACAAAGCUGCAUCUCCAGGAGUGUUAGUUCAAGCAGUUGAAACCUGUUUCAUUGGAAAAAGAUUUAUAUUUGGAGUGAAGGGUUAUGGAAGUGAAGAUGGAGCAUGUUCUGCUGCCAGCAGCAUCUUGCAAAACUGUUCCAGAAUUAAUAGAGGUACAAAAAACCUUAUAGCUUGCCAGAUCUUCCUGCCAAAUGCUGCUGUUACUGGCUUUACUGUCAUCAGUUACUUCCGUCGGCUCCUGCAGUCUGUGAAAUUUGGGAACAAUAAUAACAGCCCAUACUUACCUGAUGCAUCUUCAGCUCCGGUAGAUGAAUCUGUCAGUGAACUCAGCAGCUUGUCUGUUUUGAGCAGAAACUCCUGUUUUGUUCAAUCUAGUGGCAGAGAAAGUUUUUUAGGGUCCUGGCAGCAAUCCUUCAGCCUGACUUCAUCUGUUGCUUGGGUAACAGCAGAAGAUUUUCCCUCUCUGGAAGUGGGAAAGCUGGCGAGUGAACAGCAUGAAGAAGAGGGGAGGUCUGUGUCUGUAGAAUCAUGCAGUGUAAGCUUUAACAAUCAAACUCUUUUGGAUUCACAGUUUUGUAGCUCUUCAGUGAAGGAAGGGAAUAAAGAGGAAAAUGAAUUAAGAUCACAGCCUAGUCAAGCUGACAGAAUCUCUGCCACUGAUAAAUUAGAGAGAAUUUCUUCUUCAAAGACUGAGUGUUCACUUCAAAACAGUUCCUGGUUGUUAGAAAAUCCCUUAGACUUUCGAUCAAAAAUCGUUUACCCAAAGACUAAUAGUGAAAAUUAUUCUUGCCAAGAAAAAUCCCUGAAGUUGCCUUUUUAUGGGAGACAUAUCUCAGCUUCUAAUCAUGUAAAUCUAACUGGAGCAUCUCAGACAGACUCAAUGCUUUGGGAUGAACUCCCAUUCUCAGAAAGCCUAAAUGAAUUUUUAGCCAGAAUAGAACAUAAGAGUUUUGUGACAUCACCUAAUCUCAAUGCAGGUAAAUGUGGCCGCCUUGAGAGCAGCAAGUUGAGUAUAAAUUGUAACAAAUCUCAUCCCAGGCAAACCCCAGUAGCUGGUGCCUUACCUGAAGCGUCAGGGAGGUUCUUGCCAUCAGCAGAGAAGGACAGCUGGGAGAGCAUAUCAUUUGCUUGUCUAAAGGCCAGUCCAAAUCCUCUGAGUGAUGAGGUGUUGCAGCACAACUCUUUCAGUAGUGUUUUAUCUUCGGCUGACAAGGAAUGUGGAGCAUCUUGCUUUAUACCUCACUCUCAUCUACUUACUCCAUCACAGUCCCUGCAAGUAACAUCUGAGACUUCUGCUUCCAAAAGAAGCAGACAGUCCAAAGAAGCAAAUGCUAAAGUUUCAAAGUCAGCCUGUUCUUUUAUCAGCCCACCUUGUUCUGCUGAAUAUGAAGAAACUCGUAUACAAAGGAGCAAGAGAGCUACCUGUGUGCAUUCUGCACAUGACAGCUGUUUAUCUGGUAGUGAAAAUAAAGAAAAUUCUUCUCGUACACCAAACCAAAGAAAAGAUCUUAUAUUCACAGGGACAUGGGACUCUGGUCCAGCAACUCCCAGUGAUAUAAGAAGGAUACAUGAAAGAGAGAGAAAACCAUUGACAGAGCUACAUGAAAAUGCUUUCGAAAGUAUAAGUAAGAAAGAGGUGAUAUGGAAUGGGAGCUGCCCUGAAGGAAGCUACAAUGUUUCUGCUGAUCUCUUUGAUGUGAAUGCAGGUGAGGGAGCAAAAGCUGCAGAAUCCUUAAAUAAGUCAAGCAACUCUUCGAUACAGGAAGAUCCUUCAACAGAAAAGGUCACAACUCCCAAAUUGGUACUUUUUCCUGGAGAUGUUUCCUGUAACAGUUCAAAACAGACGUCCUCCCUACAUAGAACCCCUCUUGCUUUUCGUAAGCACAGUACACCAGUAACGUGCUCCUUUUAUGAUUCAGGCUGCAACGCAUUUAGUGCUCAAGACUUUGUUCCAUAUUCAGAGUCGACUCCUGUGGCAAAACCUCUGCAAAAACUGUGGCCUGCUGGGGAACACAGCCCUUCUGUCACUGUACUCACCCCUGAAAAUCCCACUAAAACGCAUUCUAAACGCAAGCGAUCUAGAUCUUCCUUUCAGAACACUCUGUUACAGCAGCUUACUGGCAGGCUAGUGAAACGUGAAAGGCUGAGCAGCAAUGAAGACUUAGAAGGUAGGAGCUCUGUUCCAUGGCAGUUCUGUAACAGCCAGUCACCUGCCAAUUUUGAGGAGUGGAUCACUCCAUCUGCAAACAAGAGAUUGAAACCAACUGCAUCUUUAAGCAUAAAACCAGCGAGCUGGGACUCACAAUUGACCUGUGAGCAUGCUGACAGGAACCCUAUUUCUGGAAGCAAAGAGAACAGUGAAAAAGAUGUGUGCUUCAGGAGUGAGAGAUUCAACUCUGUGAAUAGGGCCACGGUUCUAGCAACUCCUGUGUCUGCAGGUAUUGCCAAGGCUUUGUUUUUAAAUGACACAAUCCUGGAAAGCUGUUCUUCUUCAGAAGGAAAGAAUCUCAGCUCACGUGCAAAUUACUCAAGGGUUUCAAUGGAAGGGGCAACAGGCUGGUCUCCUGAGUUGUUCUUCCAAGCACAGAGCCCUAUUUUCCAUCAGUCAAAACAAUAAAAAAAAGGAUAUUUUUAUGCUGUGUUAUUGUGUUUUGGGAGGACUCAGUUGGAUGAAAGAACUAUUUUAAAACAACUGUAUUGUUUAUAUACUUUUUGGCAUAUGUCUUCCUAAGAUUAAUUAUAUUUAUUUGCAGAGCUUUGCACCACGCAGACGAGGAAAAGAGAAUUCUGCAAUUACUUUAUUUUGUUGUAAAUUAACUCUGAACAAUGCAAUAAAGACUUAGGUAAAUGAGUGAGCAUUUGUAAACGUGUCUCGUUUUUUUCAAAUUCAAGCGUAGUUUAGAUGUUUUUCGGCAUCCACUCAAAAGAGUGAGGAAAUGUAGCCUGUCUGGAAAUGGCAAAUGAAUUUAUAUUUUAUGCAGAAGAAAUAAAGGGAAAGAAAGCAUUACUCCUAUCACUCAGCACAGGGAAGGCACCGCUGAAAGAGUUUUUAAGAGAUUGGUAUCCUAAGCAAUAAAUUAUAUGCUUAAAACUACAGCCUGCUGCAUGAUACGAGCAUAUGAUAGCUCUGGCUCUUUAAGUGUUUGCUUGUGAUGAACUGGACAAACACCCACUUUACCACAGGGGUUUGAUCUUCGUGGAGUGAUAUGCUGGAUCUGAUGCAUCUAGCACUAAAUCACUGCCAGAACUUCUGCUUUGUGUACUGACAGUGCCUUGGCAUGAAAUGUUUCACCCAGCAUGACUUUGUUUCUUCAGUGGUAAAGAUAUCCCCAUAUUACAGUAAGCAGCAGCAUUGGUACAAGCUGAUUUGAUUUAAUUGACGGGGGGAAGUGAAAUACAGCAUGUUUAACUCUGAAGGCAAUAAAAGUGAAAAAAUACCCACCAAGUCCAUGGUUGAUUCCCUAAGAUUAGAAAGCCAUAAAUCAAGACUAGAUUUUCAGAUAGAACUGUUUCUAAGAUACCACUGAAAUGAAUGCAGAGCUGUCAGAGCCUUCUGUUUUAUGCAGGAAGGCUGCACACCAGUGAGGCCAAAAAAUCCCACUGUGUGUCAGACCCUGGGCAGAGGUGCUCUGGACGAAGGAUCUACAUGCAUGAAGACAGAGCAUUUCUGCCCCUGUGCAGGUUGUUCUCUUGUUGUUGGAAGCCUUUGUAUUCCUCCUGCAUUUCCAGUUCAUACCUAGAAGCUUGCAGCAACUUUUCUCUCUCCAAAUACCUUUUCCUGUUUUAUUGCUUCCUUGCGAAACUCGGAGCAGAUGGCCCAGCACUCAUGCCGGCCAUUUCCUAAGGAAAAGACCUUCAAAGUCAGUGGAAGAGGCAAUAAAAGAAAGACACAUGGUGGCUUCAAGCUUCACAGCUCAUUUCUCAGUGCAAGUGCAAGCAGAAGGGAAACAUCUGAUCCUCAGGAUGAGUCUGAAUGCAAACCUUACAUGUUGACCAAAAGGCUGAAGGCUUAACGUGGAAGGUGUGCUCAGUGGGGGGUUCUCUCCACCCAAAAAAGGCCGAUAAUGAGGGAAGUCCAGCUGUGGGCAUGAAAAGAGCAAGGUGAGGGCUGAAGAACCAGCAUUAUAAACCGAACAAAGAACAUAAGCCAGCUCAAACGUGGCCACCAUCCAUGCCAUCCCAGGAGUUGGAGCAGCAGCCUGUUUGCAAUGACUUCGGGUAUGGAUGCUCCCUCUGCCGAACACCACCCUCUAGUGACUGCGAUGGGCAUUUCUUUGGUGUUUCCAAUGCCGCUGUAAACGCUCUGAUUGUAAACAGAUUCCUUUCUGCUGCUUUAGUGCAAAGGGACAUCACUCCCAUGGAUGACAGCUGUACCUCUGCCCUUGCUGGGAGUGUGGGGUGCUGAACUCGAGCAGAAUCCUCAGCGGUUGUAGAUCUGAAUUGAAUCACGUCCUAAAGGGAAUCACUUUGUCUCGUAUCUAUGUUAAAAGCAACUUUGCAGAUCAAAGCUAACCAAAAUCAAUCAAAUCAGACACUUUAAACACCAGCUGGAAAGGAUUAAACAUUUAUUUACAUACAGAUACAGAUAUCAGCGAUUUCUAAGUAUAAAAAGGACAUUACAAAUAAACAUGAAGCAUCAUACAUUCAUCAUCAUAGUCAUCCAAAAUACAUUCCUUUCUCAACCCCACUGUACCACACUUGACAACGGGAACUUGGAAAUAAAUGGACAGGUCCAAUGCUUCCGACAGGCCACUAUUCCCAGUUUGGUGACCUCUAACACCUCCCCUCCCCAAAGGCCGUGCUGUCCCAGCCACCCAACAUCAAGGGCCUGACUGAGAGCAGCUCAUUCUCUCUACUGAAAUGGUUGUGCUUGAUCAGCAAGAAGCGUGUCCGCUCCUCAUCCUCCUGGCCACAUGUUCAGGGCAUUUGAGCAAUCAGGGUUCUUGCUAAAAUUCUGUACAUUGUGCUAAAUUCACAAUUACUGGGGGAAAAGACAGCGGGUCUUUGCAAGACAGCCAAAUGUGUGGGAAAAGCUCCAGCCCAGGAAAUUCCUUUAAUGCUGUGAUUUCACUGGCAUGGAAGCUGCAAACAAAAUGCAGCUUUUAGGGCUUCAGCAGGCUUCUAAACUACAAUUCAAGCUGCAGAUGAUGGUGUAAAAUGUACUUUGUUCACGGUGUAAAAAGAAUUACGUGCUCCAGGAUUGAUUUGGUAGUAAUCAACACUGAGAGCAAUUCAGUUUUUCUUUUGUGGAAGUGAAAACACCUUGAUAAGAUCGCUAAGAAUUAUCAGAGCUUUUCAGGAAAGGAAAAACGUUUUAGACUUAAAAAGCCAAACGUGAGGCAGAGUACAGAGAACUUGUCAGUUCGGUAACAUGACAAAGGGAAACAAGCCAGGAAACAGAAAAUUAAAAUGCCUACUCAACAUAUUAAUGGAUUCAAAGCAGAUCUGGGUGAGUCUUUCUGUACAGAUCAAAGGCAGCUGGGGAAAAAACCCUCAUCAUCUGCAAAUUCACAGAAGAGCCGAAUGUGCGCAGCAGAACAGAGUGAAGUGGGAAUAAAAGCGGAGCAGAAAGAGGCCCGUCCUGCACUGACAGCUGAGUGACUGCAGCUGCUCCCAUCCCAGCAGGCUGAGUUAUUUGUUUUUCUUUUGUAAACAGCUGUGGGGAAUGAAAGGGAUGUGACAUAGCUGCGGCGCAUCUCAUUAUGCUGAAAACUGCACAUUUCAAACUAUUUCUCUAGAAUCCAGAGAGUGAGAGAGGCUCAAAGCCAGCACAGCAACAAGCACCAGAUCUUCUCCCUGCUUUCAUUAGGUGGCCUUUUCUCCCCCAGAAUGUUGGCUUAAGGAGCUGUUUUUCUCUCCAGCGCUACGUUUACAUUCAUGUGACACCAGAGCCCUUGAUCACAUCCUCUGAAAGGGUAAGAGUAGUUUAGAGAAAUGAAACAUCCCGAGAGGGCCGCACACGGAUCAUGAAGCCCAACUGCUGGCUCCGUGCAGGACCACCCAAUAUCCAAACCCAAUUUCUGACAGCACUGUGCAAUGCUCCCUGAGCUCCAGCAGCUCCAUGCCCACUGUCCUCUGAUGCAGACCCUUUCUUUCACCCCCACCCGCCCCUCCCCUGUCACAGCUCCAUGCCGUUCCCUCGGGCCCUGUUGCUGUCACACAGAGCAGAGCCCAGCUGCCCUCCGCUCCCUG